CGGUCGAGGAGUUCCCGGCAGACACCGCGCCGCGGCUGCGCAGAAGCGGGGAGGCUUUUAAUUCCAUUGUGGAGAGGACGGCGUUAUUUUUAUUAACUGGAGGCGACGGCGGCUGCGGCGGUGGCGGAACCCCCAGGCCUCCUCCGGGGUAUGAAAAUCGGCAGCGGGUUCCUCAGCGGCGGCGGCGGUCCCGGCAGUAGCGGUGGUAGCGGCUCCGGCGGCAGCUCCGGCGGCGGCAGCGGCAGGAGAGCAGAGAUGGAGCACACCUUUCCCCAGGGUAUGGUUAUGUUCAACCACCGGCUCCCCCCGGUCACCAGCUUCACCCGGCCGGCGGGGACGGCCGCCCCUCCCCCGCAGUGCGUGUUAUCCUCCUCUACCUCCGCAGCCCCGGCCGCAGAGCCCCCCCCUCCGCCAGCCCCGGACAUGACUUUCAAGAAGGAGCCGGCGGCGUCAUCCGCGGCCUUCCCUUCGCAGAGGACCUCCUGGGGAUUCUUGCAGUCCUUGGUGAGCAUCAAACAGGAGAAACCCGCGGACCCCGAGGAGCAGCAGUCCCACCACCACCACCACCAUCACCACUAUGGGGGGCUGUUCGCUGGGGCCGAAGAGAGAUCACCGGGCCUAGGAGGCGGGGAAGGGGGGAGCCACGGCGUCAUCCAAGACCUCAGUAUUCUCCACCAGCAUGUCCAGCAGCAACCAGCCCAGCACCACCGUGAUGUAUUAUUGAGCAGCGGUAGCAGGACUGAUGACCAUGGCACCGAGGAGCCAAAGCAGGACACUAACGUCAAAAAGGCAAAGAGGCCAAAGCCAGAAUCUCAGGGAAUCAAAGCCAAGAGGAAGCCAAGUGCAUCUUCCAAACCGUUGGUUGGAGAUGGAGAAGGUGCCGUCCUCUCCCCAAGUCAGAAACCUCAUAUCUGUGAUCACUGUAGCGCUGCUUUCCGGAGCUCCUAUCACCUGCGGAGACACGUCCUCAUUCACACGGGAGAAAGGCCUUUCCAGUGCAGCCAGUGUAGUAUGGGUUUCAUUCAGAAAUACCUACUGCAGAGACACGAGAAAAUUCACAGUAGAGAGAAACCCUUUGGAUGUGAUCAGUGCAGCAUGAAGUUUAUUCAGAAGUACCAUAUGGAGAGACACAAGAGGACACAUAGUGGAGAAAAGCCAUAUAAGUGUGACACUUGCCAACAGUAUUUUUCAAGGACUGACAGAUUGCUGAAGCACAGGCGCACGUGUGGUGAAGCCAUAGCAAAAGGGGCCGCUAGUGCAGAUCCUGGGUCAUCCAACCAUAGUAAUAUGGGUAGUCUGGCUGUGCUGUCUCAGGGAAAUACAAGUUCUUCAAGGAGAAAAUCGAAGUCAAAAAGCAUAGCUAUUGAAAAUAAGGAACACAAGACUGGCAAAACAAAUGACUCACAAAUGUCAAACAAUAUAAACAUGCAGAGUUAUUCAGUAGAAAUGCCCACGGUGUCUACCAGUGGAGGCAUAAUUGGCACGGGAAUAGAUGAACUACAGAAAAGGGUGCCAAAAUUGAUCUUUAAGAAAGGAAGCAGAAAGAAUACAGAUAAAAGCUACCUUAAUUUUGUGUCUCCACUACCAGAUGUAGUUGGGCAGAAAUCCUUGUCUGGUAAACCAAGUGGCUCACUUGGCAUAGUCUCGAAUAAUAGUGUGGAGACCAUUGGUCUUCUCCAGAGUACAAGUGGCAAACAAGGUCAGAUAAGUAGUAAUUAUGAUGAUGCCAUGCAGUUUUCAAAGAAGAGAAGAUACUUACCAACUGCCAGCAGCAACAGUGCCUUUUCUAUAAACGUAGGACACAUGGUCUCCCAACAGUCAGUCAUUCAGUCUGCAGGUGUCAGUGUUUUGGACAAUGAGGCCCCAUUGUCACUUAUUGACUCCUCAGCUCUAAAUGCUGAAAUUAAGUCUUGUCAUGACAAGUCUGGAAUUCCUGACGAGGUUUUACAAAGUAUUUUGGAUCAGUAUUCCAGCAAAUCAGAAACGCAGAAGGAGGAUCCCUUCAGUUUAACAGAGCCACGAGUGGAUUUACACACCUCAGAACACUCAGAAUUGGUUCAAGAAGAAAAUCUGAGCCCAGGCACCCAAACACCUUCAAAUGAUAAAACAAGCAUGUUACAAGAAUACUCCAAAUACCUCCAACAGGCUUUUGAAAAAUCCACUAACGCAAGUUUUACUCUUGGACACGGUUUCCAGUUUGUCAGUUUGUCUUCACCUCUCCACAACCACACUUUGUUUCCAGAAAAACAGAUAUACACUACAUCUCCUUUGGAGUGUGGUUUUGGCCAAUCUGUUACCUCAGUGUUGCCAUCUUCAUUGCCAAAGCCUCCUUUUGGGAUGUUGUUUGGAUCUCAACCAGGUCUUUAUUUAUCUGCUUUGGAUGCUACACAUCAGCAGUUGACACCUUCCCAGGAGCUGGAUGAUCUGAUAGAUUCUCAGAAGAACUUAGAGACAUCAUCAGCCUUCCAGUCCACAUCUCAGAAAUUGUCUAGCCAGAAGGAACAACAGAAAAAUUUAGAGUCCUCAACAAGCUUUCAGAUUCCAUCUCAGGAGUUAGCUAGCCAGAUCGAUCCUCAGAAAGACAUAGAGCCUAGAACAACGUACCAGAUUGAGAACUUUGCACAAGCAUUUGGUUCUCAGUUUAAGUCGGGCAGCAGGGUGCCAAUGACCUUUAUCACUAACUCUAAUGGAGAAGUGGACCAUAGAGUAAGGACUUCAGUGUCAGAUUUCUCAGGGUAUACAAAUAUGAUGUCUGAUGUAAGUGAGCCAUGUAGUACAAGAGUAAAGACACCCACCAGCCAGAGUUACAGGUAAGGUCUCAAGAGUGACCAGGCUGGGAGUCUUCUAAUGUAAUUUUGUUUUAUUUUGAGAACACUGCCAUUGGAAUGUUUCUACACGAUCCUAUUAAGAAUAAUGUAAUGCCCUUUCAAUGCAACUUUUCAUAUUUAGUUUAUUUUGUUAGUGUGAUUUUAGCUGUUUGUAUUAUGAUUUUUAAUCAAAAUCAAUAGAUUAAAAAUAGUUUGACAUUCAAAGUGACAAUGUUUAGCAAUCAAAUUUACAUGUAUAGAUUGUCAGGGAAUAGCCCAAAAGUUUUAAAUGCAAAAAAAACAAAAAAACAAAAACUACAGGAAAAAAAAAAAAGAAAAGAAAAAAGAAAAAAAAAACUUUGUUGCUAGGAUUAAGGUUAUUCUAAUUGCUUUACUCUCAGGAAAGUGUAAUAACGCAUGGGAAUUCUGUACGUUAUCACCGUAAUGGAAUAUCCAAUUUACAAAUAGUAUGAUACACAUUUCACUGUUUAAGUUAAGGGAUCUUAAACAUUUCAGAUUGCUCCUUCUGGGCUGAUAGAAUAUACAUUUCAUCAUUUAAGUAAGGGAUCGAAAACAUUUCAAAUGCUAUCUCUGUCUGGGCUGAUCCAAAAUUCUGAGAUUGUUGGCUACCUAUAUUUUGUUGCAGCUUUUAAAUGUACUCCAAACUUCCAAACCCAUGUUCAUUCCAGCUUGGUAGAGCAAAUAUUCUUGGAUCUUUGAUCAAAGCCUGGAAUGAUAGCUUUAAUAAAAGAAAGAGGGAGGGAAGCACCCUCCUUAUCCAACUAUAACAAGGCUGUAAUUCCAUUAAGUGAUUCUGUUAAUGUCUAGUACAGUGUUAAAACCCAAGUGGUUGGUUGGUUUCAGUAUUAGAAAGUAAGUUGGAUUCACGUAAUACAUUGAAAUUAGGGGUAUGCAUUAUUCAUUAUACAUGGCCUAAAAGCAUUCUCUCACUUGUGCUAUUACGUACCACCUUCACUUCUGUUUUUUUUGGUACUUAUUCUUAACUUCCUCUUAAAGUUCUAGGCCUUCUUGUUCCUUCUCCCUGUCGUGAUGGUUUCAAUUUUAGAGUGAUUUGUCAUCUAGUAGAUGAUUGAUUAUGCAUUUUAUAUGUCUUAUGGCAUCUAAAUACUAAAUAAUAGUAUUUAGUUUAUUCACCUUUUUUUAAAAAAAACAAGCCCAAUACAGAUUUCCAUGUACAAGCUAUAGAUAUUUAAGGGUUGUAAUUCCACCUGGUAGCAUAGCUUGUGUAACAGAUAAGAGUAUAUAUUUACUAGUGACAUCAGAACUCUUUGUGAAAUUGCAGCCUUUAAUGUACAUUUUGAAGGGGUGUAUUAGUCAGUAUUGUACAGGGAUCUUGUAAAGUCAUCAGAACUUGCUAUGAACGCUAAUUGCCAUUUGAAGCUACUGAUAGGCAGUGGCUCUGCUCUAAACCACUUUUUAGCAAUUGUAUUUUUUUCCUGAUUAUAUUUUUUAAUGUACUUUGAUGUUUAUGCUGAUGAGUUUUUUAUGUACUUUUGGUGAUGUUUCAGUCUUAUGAACUCUUCUGACGUCAGAAAAGUACCACUGGUUGUUUGCAGUCUUCUUGUGUAAUCAGCCUACCACAGGCUUCCGUGUAUAAUAAAGUAAUUAAUAUUGUGCAAGUGUAAAACACUUCUGUUAUAAAAGCAGUGUUUUGAAAAUAAGAAAUUAUUAAAAAUGGUUACAAAAUACUAGUUAA